AUGGCCAUAAACGCGAGCACUACGAGUGAGUCCACUGUCCUAACCAAAAACGGUAACAAGGGACUGCUUCAAAAGUUUGGCCCCUGCAAGGGCAUACCCGCCUUGGCCAUUCUCGUGUGUCUUCUCACCGUGUGCGCGGUACUGCUCGUGGGCCUCCUGCUACACGUCUUCCUCAUGUUCGCCGAAGGCAGCAAGGUCAGUGCCUUAUCGAUCGUCGUUACUCCCGACGCAGAGAACGACACGACACCGCACGAUGCUACCACGCACCCGAUCAUGCAGUUAAACUUCACGGUAAGCGCGGAAGAGCUCACCGAUGUCGUCACGUUCACUAGAACUAUGAACGAGUCAUCAGACAACAAGGAAGUCUCAGUGACCUCUGAAGACGAGACCAAUCUCAUCACGUUCACCAGGAUAAUCACUGAGUCUGCGGACAACACGAAAGGCUCAGUUAUCACUGAAGACGUAACCGAACUCGUUACGUUCACCGCAACCAUGAACGAGUCCGGGGACGACACGGAAGGCUCAGCUACUGCUAAAGACCACACAGACCUCGUAACGUUCACCAGUAUCAUGAGAGAGUCCACGGACAGCACGGAAGGCUCAGUUAUCGCUGAAGACCAGACAGACCUCGUCACGUUCACCAAUACCAUGAGCGAGUCCGGGGACGACACGGAAGGCUCAGCUACUGCUGAAGACCAGACAGACCUCGUCACGUUCACCAAUAUCAUGAGCGAGUCCACGAACAGCACAGAAGGCUCAGUUAUCACUGAAGACCAGACAGACCUCGUCACGUUCACCAAUAUCUUGAGCGAGUCCGGGGACGACACGGAAGGCUCAGCUACUGCUGAAGACCAGACAGACCUCGUAACGUUCACCAGUAUCAUGAGAGAGUCCACGGACAGCACGGAAGGCUCAGUUAUCGCUGAAGACCAGACAGACCUCGUCACGUUCACCAAUACCAUGAGCGAGUCCGGGGACGACACGGGAGGCUCAGCUACUGCUGAAGACCAGACAGACCUCGUCACGUUCACCAAUAUCAUGAGCGAGUCCACGAACAGCACAGAAAGCUCAGUUAUCACUGAAGACCAGACAGACCUCGUCACGUUCACCAAUAUCUUGAGCGAGUCCGGGGACGACACGGAAGGCUCAGCUACUGCUGAAGACCAGACAGACCUCGUCACGUUCACCAAUAUCAUGAGCGAGUCCACGAACAGCACAGAAGGCUCAGUUAUCACUGAAGACCAGACAGACCUCGUAAUGUUCACCAUUAUUAUGAGCGAGUCCACGGACAGCACUGGAGGCUCAGUAAUCACUGAAGACCAGACCGACCUGUUCAUGUUGACCAAAAUCGUGAACGAGUCCGCAGACGACACGAAAGUCUCAGCUACUGCGCAAGACCAAACUGACCAUGUCACAUUCACCAAUAUCAUGAGCGAGCCGACGGACAACACGGAAGGCUCACUUAUCACUGAAGACAAGACCGACCUAAUGACAUUCACCAAAAUCAUGAACGAGUCAGCAGACAACACGGAAAGCUCAGGUACCGCUGAAUAUCAGACAGACCUCGUCACGUUCACCAAUAUCAUGAGCGAGUCCACGAACAGCACAGAAGGCUCAGUUAUCACUGAAGACCAGACAGACCUCGUCACGUUCACCAAUAUCUUGAGCGAGUCCGGGGACGACACGGAAGGCUCAGCUACUGCUGAAGACCAGACAGACCUCGUCACGUUCACCAAUAUCAUGAGCGAGUCCACGAACAGCACAGAAGGCUCAGUUAUCACUGAAGACCAGACAGACCUCGUAACGUUCACCAAUAUUAUGAGCGAGUCCACGGACAGCACUGGAGGCUCAGUAAUCACUGAAGACCAGACCGACCUGGUCACAUUCACCAAAAUCAUGAACGAGUCAGCAGACAACACGGAAAGCUCAGGUACCGCUGAAUAUCGAACCGAUCUCGUGACGUUCACCGAGAUCAUGAGAGAGCCAAUAGACAACACGGAAAGCUCAAUUAUCGCUGAAAACAAAUCUGAGCUCGUAACGUACACCAAAAUUAUGAAUGAGUCUUCAGACAACACGUAUGGCUCAGUUAUCGUUGAAGAUUUCACCGAUCUUGUCACGUUCACCAAAAUAAUGAAUGACUCCACCGACAACGAGGAUGGCUCAGUUAUUACCGAAAACCACACUGACAUCCUCACGUUCACCAAGCUAAUGAACGAGUCGACAGACAACACGGAAGGCUCAGUUAUCCCUAAAGACCUGACCGAUAUUAUCACGUUCACCAAAAUAAUCAACGAGUCAGCGGACAACACGGAAGGCUCAGUUAUCACCGAAGACCUGACCGAGCUCGUCACGUUCACCGAAUUCAUGAACGAGUCUACGGACAACACGGAAGGCUCAGUUAUCCCUGAAGACCUGACCGAUCUUGUCACGUUCACCAAAUUCAUGAACGAGUCUACGAACAACACGGAAGGCUCAGUUAUCCCUGAAGACCUGACCGAUCUUGUCACGUUCACCGAAUUCAUGAACGAGUCAGCGGGCAACACGGAAGGCUCAGUUAUCACUGAAGACCUGACCGAUCUUGUCACGUUCACGAAGAUAAUCAACGAGUCAGCGGGCAACACGGAAGGCUCAGUUAUCCCUGAAGACCUGACCGACCUCGUCACGUUCACCAAAAUAAUUGAGUCAGCGGACAACACGGAAAGCUCAGUUAUCCCUGAGGGCUUGACUGACCUCGUCACUUACACCGAAUUCGUGAACAAGUCUACGGACAACACGGAAGGCUCAGUUAUCCCUGAAGACCUGACCGAUUUCGCCACGCCCACCAAGGUAAUGAACGAGUCAGUGGACAACAGGGAAAGCUCAGUUAUCCUUGAUGAGCUGACCAACCUUAUCACGUUCACCGAAUUCAUGAACGAGUCUAUGGACAGCACGGAAGGCUCAGUUAUCCCUGAAGACCUGGCCGAUCUUGUCACGUUCAUCAAAAUAACCAACAAGUCAGCGGACAACACGGAAGGCUCAGUUAUAUCUGAAGACUUGACCGAUCUCGUAACGCACACAGAAACGAUGAACAAGUCGACGGACAACACGCAUGGCUCAGUUAUCGCUGAAAACCUGACUGACAUCGUCACGUUUACCAAAAUCAUGAACGAGUCUGCGUACAACGCGUAA